AUGGCCUGGGAUCCAAACACACGAAGCCCCCUCUGUCCGUUUGGGGGCUCACCCUCCAUCCUGCUCUGCUACUCCAGCACUGCCUGGAGCCAGCUGAUUCAGGCGACCACUGAAACGCCGAAAAAGAAACCGGAUCCCAUCACGUCGGAAACCGUGGUGAUCUGGGGUUUGCGGCUUUGGCAAGUGGUUGGAAUUUUUGCUAUUUUUGUGCUGAGUGUUAUCAUCACCCUCUGCUGCAUCUUCAAAUGCCGCAUCCCGAGGACCAAGAAGGAGAUCGAAGCACGCUACGCCAAGAGGCAGGCGGCAAAGAUGUACGCGGACAAGCUGGACACCGUCCCCCCCCUCAAUGAACUGACUGAGAUUCCAGGAGGUCUGGCCAAUGUGAAGGGCGAGGAAGAAGAAGAAGAAGAAGAAGAGGAAGAGGAGGAGGACGUGCCCACCGUAUCUGGCAAAGUGGAUGCCCAGAAGAGGAAAGAAAAAUCGAAAGACGGAAAAAAAGAAAAGAAGAAGAAGCACCAAGAGGAAAAAGAAGAAAGGGAAGCUUCCGAGAAGAACGGAAAAGAGGGAACGAAGAAAAAACAAAGCAAGAAAGAAGGGAAUGAGACAAAAUUGGAGAGAAGGAAGAAAGAGGAAGGAGAAAAGAACAGUGGCAAAGACGGACUCAGAGGCAGUUCCAGAGCACGUGCAAAAACACCUGGAAAUCCUAAAUCUUCGUCCCGGAAAAAAUGAGCGAAGAUGAGAGAAAAAUUGCAAAAAAAAGAGAGAGAGACAGAGAGAGAGAGAGAGAGAAACCUGGAGGUUAAAAAAAAAAGGACUUUCUGCAUCUUCUCAAUGUCUCUGAAUGUUUGCACCACUUUGGACUCG